AAAGUCCGCCACGUUGGGAAGCCGGUUUCCGGAGUCUCUUUUUGUCACCGGGUCUCAGCGGCGCAGAGGUGGCGGUGGCUAUGAGGCAGAAGCAUUACCUUGAGGCUGCGGCGCGGAAACUGCAAGAUAGCUGCCCGGGCCAGGCCCGCUAUCUCCUGUGGGCCUACAGUUCGUCACACGAUGAUAAAAGCACUUUUGAAGGAACAUGUCCAUACUGUUUCCAGUUGCUGAUUCAGGAUAAGUCUCGAGUACGUCUCAAACCCAAAUCCAAACUGACACCCAAAAUACAGAAACUUCUUAAUCGAGAAGCAAGAAGUUAUACACUCAGUUUUAAAGAAGCAAAAAUUUUGAAAAAGUACAAAGACUCCAAAAGUGUAUUGUUGAUUACUUGUAAAACAUGCAACAGAACAGUUAAACAUCAUGGUGAAAGUAGAAGCUUUCUAUCAACAUUGAAGAGCAAUCCUACCACUCCUGCAAGUAAACUCAGCCUAAAGACCCCAGAGAGAAAGACUCUAAGUUCUGCAAAGAUAAAUCAUGAUAUGUCUGGUUCCAAAGCCAAGAGCCCAUCAUUGAUUUUCAGCUACAUCUGGACACUCAACACCCAUUUGCUCCUCAAGGAAUGUGAGCAAAACAAAGAAACACUUCUCUCAACUAAAAAUGUUGCUUAGUCAGAGUGAAUCUGAAAAGAAUCCAAAGGUGGACUUCAGAAAUUUCUUAUCUUCUUUGUAAAGGAUCGACUAUGAAAAUAAGAAAUGUUUAAUGUAAUUUCUGAAACUAAAGUUAGUCAGAAAACCUGCUUUUUUUUUGCUGUACGCGGGCCUCUCACUGUUGUGGCCUCUCCCGUUGCGGAGCACAGGCUCCGGACGCGCAGCCCCAGCGACCACGGCUCAUGGGCCCAGCCGCUCCACUGCAUGUGGGAUCUUCCCGGACCGGGGCACGAACCCGUGUCCCCUGCAUUGGCAGGCGGACUCUCAACCACUGCGCCACCAGGGAAGCCCAGAAAACCUGCUUUUUAAAGAACUUAUUUAUUCUUAAAAUACAUGGAAACUAGGGUUCAAGAGCAAACUUUUCUUGUCAUUCUUCAGUGUUUAUGGGGAAAAUACCUCAUUAGAAUGAAAAACUGAAACCUGCCUACCUCACCAGGUGAUUGUGAGGAUCAAAAAUAUAUGAAAGAUCCUUGUAAGUAGUAAAGAUAUGUAUGGAAUUGAGUGGUUAUAUUAUUAUUUUCUCCUCCCUUAAGUUUUCAUUAUGUCAUUUUCUUUCAUAAGGAAAUUGAGACCUUUGUGAGAGGUGUGCUUACUCCUUUCUAGGUGUCUGUAACCUUAUUGAUAAUUGAGAAAAACUAUAAAGUAUAA